ACAUGGAUCCUGACGCGCCGAUAUUUGAUGCGACUCCGCAAAUCAAGUCUACUGGCGGCGUACAACAAGUGGCAGAAACAGACUUGCCUGACAGUGGUCCAUGCUUUGAUCAGACUCCAUCUGAACAUGUUUAUGUUGAAACCGAUCCAGCUACAAACACUCCACAGGUUGGCCAGGCUUCUCUUGAUUCGGAGAUGCAAACUGUGUUAGCUCUACGCGAAUAUUUGUGUGGUCUGCAAUCUGACACCGGCAGGACCAUAAUAGAUUAUGGUGAAUAUUCAGCGACAUGUUCUGACAUAUAUGAAUCUUUUGCCGAUGGGAAGUGUCUCGACAAUGGAUUCAUGCAGUGUUUCAUCCAAUGUGUUAUUCAUGAUGCAAAAAAUCAGCAGACUUCCAUGAGUUCGAACAGUUUGGUUCUUGAUGUUAAUGUUGGGUCAAUACUCAACUUUGAGGAACAGGAACGACACAGUCGCAAUCCUCAACCUUUUGAUGAAUCUGUACUCCACACACUUCUAGACAAUUCAUUGCCUGAGACAGAUGAGUUGGACCAAUGCAAAGCGGUAACAAUCGUAUUUCAUAAUCCAAACACAAUUCCUUUUUAAAUGUAACAUAUCACAUUGUUAUGCUUUUGUAAGUUACCCUGUUAAUUUUAUGCUUUUUUUUUCACGGUCAGAUAAUGGUCCCCAUGGUAAGCAGGGGGCAUUGGACAUUGUAUGUUGUCAACAAGGUCAAGAAGUGCAUUCAUAUUUUAGAUUCCAACCCAUAUGGACCAACACUUGGUGGAACUACAUGGAAGGACUAUCAUUUUGCACAUUUGGGCUCAGGUGGCAGAAAGUUACCCUGGGCUAAGGUUAUUAUGAGCAGAUUAAACAAAGCAAUACAACAUGUGCGGCCCAGUUCAUGCUUUCCCAAGUUUGGUAACUUCACAAUUGACUUGUGCCAAAAUUGUCCUAACAUGGCAGCUGGAUCAAAUGAUUGUGGGUUUUAUGUCAUGGGUUACAUUCUAUUUUAUCAAUGC